AUGAUGAUGAUGAUGGAGGCGGAGGUGGUCAUCGUCGUCGUGUUGGUGGCAAGCAAAGGCCCUGGCAGCGGCUUCUCGGCAAAGAACUCCUUCGUGGAACCCGAGGGCCCGUCGAGCUGCGACGACUUCACCAGGCACCUGCUCGAUCUCUAUGCAAACAUUAACGGUGAGGUGGCGCAGGGUUGCGCGCGUCCCUUCGAGGUCGUGCACGUCCUGCUGUGUAAAAGAGUCCAGGACGCCCUCGACCUUGACGAGAUCUUUCGGAGCCACAUGGCCGAGCUCCCAUGGCUCGCUGUGCCGAGCGACGACUACGAGCGGAAGAUGAAACUGACGCGCAGGUAUCGAGUAAAGGCUGGUGUACCGAUGCUGAUUCUUCUCGAAGGCGCCGGCGGCAUGGUACUGACGAGGGAAGGCGUCGAGCGGACACUCGCCGACCCGAACGGUCUCAACUUCCCCUGGAAGCCACCCCAUCCCCAGCUUACCCUAGAGGACGGUCCCCUGUUAUCAUGCAGGCGCAGCGAUAGCAACAAGUCGAAGCUAUACAAGGAGUUGAGAUAUUGCUACAAGGGGAUCUACUUUAGUGCGUACUGGUGUCCACCUUGCAGGAGUUUCACGCCGCAAUUGAUCGAAACGUAUCAACGAAUUCGCGAAAGGGGUCAGAAUUUUGAAAUAAUUUUCGUUAGCAUAGAUAGGAGUGACGAAUCGUACAAGAACUACGCGAACAUGAUGCCCUGGUUCACAAUACCCUUCGUGGAGAAGGAGAGGAGGCAAAAAUUGAUUAAGGCUUUCGACAUCCAAGCCAUUCCAACAGUGGUCAUUGUCGAUCCUGAUGACAACAUAAUUACGUUCGAUGGCCGCAUCGAGGUUCUCGAAGAUCCAGAGGGUUUUAAUUUCCCAUGGGGGAGUCGGCUUGUGAACAUCCUCACGGAAAAGUACGCGACUUCAUUACACGAUGCCCCGGCCAUUAUUCUCUUUGUCGAGGGUGAAGACAGCGAUAUACAAUUCGGUGAGAGCGUCCUCUUGCCGGCAGUGGAGAUAUAUCGGAGGGACCGGCCAGCCUACGAUCCCAACUACGACGAUCCUGACGAUACGUUGCAGUUUUACAUCGCCUUAGACAGCCAAACCACGGAGAUACUGCGUGAAUUCGUUGGACUGGACGAUGCCGUUCCUUUGCUAACAGUCAUCGACAUACCUCGAGGGAUUUACGCAGUGAUGGAAGAUGGUGUCGAGAUAACAGUUGACUCUGUCCAGCAAUUCGUCGAUGACUAUAAGAAUGAUAAGCUGCCGACCAAAAAAAUUGCAGCUGUUCACAAGACCGUGAAAUCUGAUUAGACGCGUUUUUACCUUCAACGAACACUGCGUAAAAAGGAUCUUCAUUGGCUUCGCCGUUUAUUAAAUACAGACAAAUUUACCCCUGAGUUUUUCGUCGGUAUAUCGAAUUGCUCUUUUUUAUGUGAUAAAGCGUGUUGAAGUAUAUGUACGUUUUGUUUGUUUGAUUUU